AUGUCAGUAGAAACUAAGAAGGCUUUUAGGAUACUUCUCACAAUGCAUAACAAAUACAAAUUCUUUCUUAUAGGUUUGAUGGAACCUUUCCAACAAGCCUAUAAGUUGGAAAGUUAUAGAAGAAGGCUGGGAUUGGAAUUUUUAAUGAGUAAUGUGUCUGGUAAGAUUUGGGCAGUUGUUUCUGAUGAAUUUGAGGUGGAUGUUCUAAUAGAUAGUGUGCAGCAAAUCACUUUGAGACUAUCUAAUUGGCAUAUUGGCAUGGAGAUGACUGUCACUUUAGUUUAUGCUAAGUGUGACAGGAUUGAAAGAAUUGAGUUGUGGGAUUCCUUGUACAACUUAGCAUCGAAUAUGAAUACACCAUGGCUUGUUGGUGGUGAUUUCAAUGUGAUCGCAGAUGAGCAUGAAAAGUAUGGUGGACAACCUGUCUCUUUGAAUGAGGUGGAGGAUUUUAGGCACUGCAUCAACACAUGCAAUUUAACAGACUUGGGAUACAAAGGUAGUGUGUAUACCUGGUGGAAUGGAAGAGGUACUGGGGACUGUAUAUUCAAGAGACUGGAUAUAUGCCUUAGUAACUUUGAAUUUCAACAGCUGUUUCCAGGUUUGGAGAUCACACACUUGAUCAAAAAUGGUUCUGAUCACUCUCCUCUAUUGUUGGAAUACAAAGAAGAAGUAGUUCAAAUUAGGAAGUCAUUAAGAUUUCUUAACUUUUGGGUGAAACAUGAAACUUUCCUUGAUGUUGUGAGAGCAAAUUGGAAUACUGAUGUGCCAGCAAACUCUUUCAUGUCCUUUAACUUGAAACUGAAGAAAGUGUUGUCACAAUGGAGUAGAGCAAUAUAUGGGGAUAUAAUUCAGCAGGUUACAAAUCUUAAAGAGGUCAUUAAAGCUCAUGAGCAACAGUUUGAAGCAGAUCCAUCUUUACUCAAUAGAGAAAAGCUGCAGAAGGUACAAGCUGAAUUGAUUAAAGUGUAUGCAUUGGAGGAGGAGUAUUGGAAACAAAAGGCUAGCCUGCAAUGGUUCCAAGAAUGUGAUAAGAAUUCAAAAUUCUUCGAUGCACAUGUGAAUGGAAAAAGGAAAUUUCUGCAGCUUAGAAGAAUUCAGGAUUCUCAAGGAACUUGGCUUGAAACAGAUGAAGAAAUUGCUGAGGAUGCUGUUAGAUUUUAUCAUGCCCAAUUCCAUGAAACUAAUGUGCCUACUCAGUUUGAUAUUUUGCAGCAGGUUCCUAGAAUGAUCACACCUAAAUAA